GGCUGGCAGCCGGCGGAGCGCGGUGGGAGAGGCGGCGAAGCACCGGAGUGCGGGAGGCAGCGCUGCUGAGAGGGAAGAUGAGCUCUGGCAACGGGACCUCUCCCACCCCACCUCUCCUUGGGCUCCUGGAGCCGGUGCCACCCAGUGCCACCUCCCCUGAGGGCACAGACUGGCUGCCCACCAUCGUGGGGCUCGUCUGCAUCUUCCUGGUGCUGGCCACCCUGCUGGCCCUUGUCACCCUCUGUCACCUUCGGGCGCUGGGCCGCUCCCCCUGGGGUCCCCAGGAGUGGCUGCCCCAGCACCCCAUGGAUGCCAGCCAGCCCCAGCUGAGGCUCUGGAAGCGCCUGGGCUCCCUGAGGGGCUCCAUCAGCAGCUUCAGGAGGAGCCAGAUGGUGUCUCAGAGCACCCUGGCCUGUCCCAGGAGCUUCCCCAGCAGCCAGGACUGGGACAUCAUGGAGUCCACCAAAAUGUGAUCCUGCCCUGCUCCUCCUUCCCAAGCUUUGGCUCCCUUCUCAAGCAUCCUGAGUAGAGACCCUUGGAGCAGCUCAUUUCCAGGCUCUGUGACAGGAGAUUUUGCAAUGUCAGGUUCCCAAAUGAUUUCCAGGUUACUGCUUCCUGCCAGGGAAGGUGGAGGCAUCCAAACUACACCCACACACAGCUACCACUGGGCAGUCCAAAAAAAUCCUGCUGCUUCAUUUCUUUUGGAAAACGUUGUUGAAAAUUGCAAUGCAAGAUGUUUUCCAUUACCAUCUGUAUGGCAGAUUACCUUUGUCAGGUGGGCAGUUUGCCUUAUCUCUCUCUUUGAGUGACCACAUUCACACCUCCCUCGGGAGGGGACAUUGCUGAUAACAGACUAUUGAAUGUCACUGCAUGGCUGAUAAGAACUGUAACAUCCCAUUGGGAGAUGCUCCGCCCAGGGGGAGGAGCCAAGC